AUGAAUUAUGCAUGGAACAACUGUAGCACAUUUGAAACUAGACACUUCAUUAAAACUAACCGACCAGUUGAUGGGGUUUCGGGUUUAGGUCAGCAAGGUAUAUCUGUCAUUUCCGAAAUUUCUUCACAAGGGAUUGCACCAAAUUCAUUUAUACAUUGUCUUGCCGGUGAUGGAGGUAGGCUUUUGGUCCUUCGUAAACCAAUCAUGCCUGAUAUCGUCUUUACUCAUCUUGUCAAAUCAAAGGUUUUAAGAAAAGUAUGUUGCAACUCCUCCAUCCCGAUCUGCUCAGCUUCGUUCCUCUCUGACAUUACCGUCGUCGGCGUCAUCUCUGGCUCUGACUGCUACGCUACAGCACCUCUGGUGUCGACUGCUUUACCACAUACGCCUCGUUUUCCGACAUCUUCUGCAGUUAAGAACCAUCACAUUGAGUUGAGUCAACUCAGAGAUAGAGAUAGUUUAAGACACGGCAGGAUAUUAAACAAGUAUUAUGAUCCACGGGGUGUUGUUACAUUCGCUAUACUAGGAACUUAUGAUCUUCCUGUUGUUUGGUGGCAUUAUAUUAUAAAUUUGGAGAGCAUUUCGGUCAAUGGUCAAACAUUAGUAUUUUCACUAAAUGACAACAAGGGGAACGAUAAGUAUACCUUAUGCUCUAUGACCCUACAAGCACCCCAACAUGUUCUCAUAACGGGUGCACUUACAAUCUCCACUUUAAAAAUGGGAUUUAGGUUAGCAAGGUAUAUCUGUCAUUUCCAAAAUUUCUUCACAAGGGAUUGCACCAAAUUCAUUUACACGUUGUCUUGCCGGGUUUUAAGAAAAGUAUGUUGCUACUCCUCCAUCCCGAUCUGCUCAGCUUCGUUCCUCUCUGACAUUACCGUCGUUGGCGUAGUCUCCAGCUCCGACUGCUACGCUACAGAACCUCUGCUGUCGACUUCUUUACCACAUACGCCUCCUUUUUCGACAUCUUCUGCAGUUAAGAAUUACUAUGAUACAGGGGAAGAAAUACGAGAGAUAAGGAUAUACCGGUUUCCGGCCACUCUCUCGCUAGAAAGAGCUUUUCCCCUAAACCAUCACAUUGAGUUGAGUCAACUCAGAGAUAGAGAUAGUUUAAGACACAACAAGAUAUUAAACAAGUAUUAUGAUCCACGAGGUGUUGUUGCAUUCGCUAUACUAGGAACUUAUGAUCUUCCUGUUGUUUGGUGGCAUUAUAUUAUAAAUUUAGAGAGCAUUUCGGUCAAUGGUCAAACAUUAGUAUUUUCACUAAAUGACAUCAAGGGGAACGAUAAGUUUACCUUAUGCUCUAUGACCCUACAAGCACCCCAACAUGUUCUCAUAACGGGUGCACUUACAAUCUCCACUUUAAAAAUGGGAUUUGGGUCAGCAAGGUAUAUCUGUCAUUUCCGAAAUUUCUUCACAAGGGAUUGCAACAAAUUCAUUUACACAUUGUCUUGCCGGUGA